CAAUUAACUAACUAAAAUCAAAACAAUACUACACAAAGUCAAGAAAAAAAUCUAUAAUUAAAACGAUUUCUGUGCAAUGGCAAAGAAGUGAAGGUGCAUUAAGAAGUGCAGAAAAAAAAAAUCAAUUCAUGAACCAAAGACUUGUCGACAUCAUCAAAGCUGGUUUGUGUUUUAACGCUCUUAAAUUAUUUGUUCGUGUUGUUCCAAAGAGGAACAAAGAAAAAACAAAAAAAAAAAUUAUACAAGUGGAAAUCCACUUUCAAAAAUUGAAAAUUAUUAUCCAUAAAACAAAAAUAGUAGAUAAUUCAUUAAUUAUAAGUGUAAACGAAAGAAAAAUAAAAAUCAAAAAUGGCCCUUAAAAAAGUUAAAGGGAAUUUUGAACGUAUGUUUGAUAAAAAUUUAACAGAUUUAGUACGUGGUAUACGCAAUAAUAAGGAUAAUGAGGCAAAAUAUAUUUCUCAAUGCAUUGAAGAAAUAAAACAGGAACUACGCCAGGACAAUAUAAAUGUAAAGUGCAAUGCUGUGGCCAAAUUAACAUACAUUCAAAUGUUGGGCUAUGAUAUUUCAUGGGCUGGCUUCAAUAUCAUAGAAGUAAUGAGUUCAUCGCGUUUUACUUGCAAACGCAUAGGAUAUUUGGCUGCCAGUCAAUGUUUUCAUCCUGAUAGUGAGCUACUGAUGUUAACUACCAAUAUGAUACGCAAAGAUUUAAACUCACAAAAUCAAUAUGAUGCUGGGGUGGCCUUAAGUGGUCUUAGUUGCUUUAUAUCACCAGACCUAUCAAGAGAUUUAGCUAAUGACAUUAUGACAUUGAUGAGUUCAACUAAACCUUAUUUACGCAUGAAAGCCGUCCUUAUGAUGUAUAAAGUAUUUCUACGUUAUCCCGAAGCUUUAAAACCUGCAUUUCCUAAACUUAAAGAGAAACUAGAAGAUCCUGACCCAGGUGUACAAUCAGCUGCCGUUAAUGUUGUUUGUGAAUUAGCACGUAAGAAUCCUAAAAAUUAUCUUCCUUUAGCUCCUGUAUUUUUUAAGCUAAUGACAACAUCAACCAAUAAUUGGAUGCUUAUUAAAAUUAUUAAAUUGUUUGGCGCUUUAACUCCUUUAGAACCCCGGCUAGGAAAGAAAUUAAUAGAACCACUCACAAAUCUUAUACAUAGCACUUCUGCUAUGAGUUUAUUAUAUGAAUGCAUAAAUACUGUCAUUGCUGUGUUAAUCAGCAUUAGUAGCGGUAUGCCAAACCAUAGUGCCUCUAUACAACUUUGUGUACAAAAGUUGCGUAUAUUAAUUGAAGACUCUGAUCAGAAUUUGAAAUACUUGGGUCUUUUGGCCAUGUCAAAGAUUUUAAAAACUCAUCCUAAAAGUGUUCAAGCCCAUAAAGAUCUCAUAUUGGCCUGUUUGGAUGACAAAGACGAGUCCAUACGUUUAAGAGCUUUAGAUCUGCUUUAUGGCAUGGUAUCUAAGAAAAAUCUAAUGGAGAUUGUUAAAAGACUUUUGGGUCAUAUGGAAAGAGCUGAAGGUUCUGCCUAUCGUGAUGAGUUGCUAUUUAAGGUUAUCGAGAUCUGUUCGCAAAGCUCAUAUUUGUAUGUUACCAACUUUGAGUGGUAUUUAACGGUUCUGGUGGAAUUGAUACAACUGGAGGCUGGCUCAAAACAUGGUCGAUUGAUUGCUGAGCAAUUGCUGGAUGUUGCCAUACGAGUGCCUGUAGUACGUCAAUUUGCUGUCAAUGAAAUGACUAAUCUUUUGGACACCUUUACUGUUUCGUCCCAAAGUAAUUCUAUGUAUGAAGUUUUAUAUGCCGCUGCCUGGAUAGUGGGAGAGUUUUCAAACGAGUUGGAGGAUGCAGAACGAACCUUAAAUAUUUUAUUAAGGCCACGCCAAAUACCCGGCCAUAUACAAGGGGUUUUCGUACAAAAUGUUGUCAAACUAUUCACACGUCUGGCCACAACUUGUCUGGAAAAUGAAGAUCCCAAUGGUUUGAUAAGACUGUCUGACCAUGUUUUGGAAAAAUUACAAGAUUUCAAUAGUUCUAUUGAUAUAGAAGUACAAGAACGUGCCAAUUCUGCCUGCAUACUCAUUGAAAUGUUAAGAGCUCAAUUUAAUGACGCGAAUACUGCUUGCAAUCAUAAUAUAGAUUUUAUUGGAUCCGAAACAUCAGAAACACCUCAACAACAAGUUUCUAUACCAACGCUGGCAAUUGAAAUUAUACAAGAGAUGGCCUUGUUAUUUGCCGGAGAACUUAUACCGGUAGCACCAAAAGCCCAACGUAAAGUUCCUCUACCAGAUGGCCUAGACUUGGAUGAAUGGAUAAAUCCACCACCCGAAGAUGAAUCCUCAUCCUCCUCAAAUGAUGAAAAAGAAGAAUUGUUUGUCAGCUCAUCGUCUCAUCAGGAUGAGGCAGCUGCCAGACGCCGACCUAGUGAAGAGUUAACACCCGAACAAAUAGAACGUCAACGCAUGCAACGCUUAAUUGAACAAUCGAAUAAUCCACAUUAUCUUAAAUCGUCACCCUCAACGCCGGACGUUGCCGCCAAAGGAAGAUCUUUAAGCAGUAAUAAUUCUCAAAAUAAUGCCGAGUACGAUAAUAUUGAUGAAAUUCCCAUAGCAGAGCUAUCGUUAGACGUUCCAUUGAAAAUUGGAGCUACAAAACGUUCCGAUCAAUAUCUGUUGCAAGAGAAAGCCAACGCCAAGGAUAAGAAGAAACACAAGAAAUCGAAAAAGAGCAAAAAAUCAAAAUCAAAAAGCACUUAUAACUCAACAUCCGAAUCGGAAGAUGAACCCAAACCUUUACACAUAGUUAAUACUACACUAGACAUGCCGGAGGGUGUAUCACUAUCCGAUAAUGAUGAUAAAGAUGGUAAAUUCGAUCCAGACGACCCACACAGAGCUUUAGAUAUAGAAUUGGAUAUACCCGAUUUAGAAGAACCCAAACAACAACGGUCCUCUAAAAAAUAUUCCAAUGACUACGAGAAGACUGACAAAGAACACAAAUCAAAAACGUCUUCGUCCUCACAUCAACAUAAAAAAGAAAAGAAAAAAGAUAAGGACAAGGACAAUGUUAAAGACAAACACAAAUCUUCACACUCCCAUAAAAAAUCUACGAAAGCAUCUUCGAAUGAUACAAAUACUAUGGGAGUGGAUAGUGCCAAUUUACUGGGUACUUCCAUCGAUGAAAUACAAACUUCUUACACAAACGAAUUGGAAAAACGAGAAAAACAAAAAACUCAUAAAUCUUCAAAGGAAUUGAAAAAUCUACAAAACGAAUUAGAUGCUGAUUCGACGACUACCUCCAAGAAGAAAAAGGACAAAAAAGAAAAACAUCAUCACAAGGAUAAGAAAAAAUCUCACAACAAAUCAUCCCAUAACACGGCUACACACGAUUAUGAAGAAGCUUUGGGUAUAUCCACGCCAAGUAAGGAAGUUUUUUAAGAAUAUUUUUUGUUUGAAUCGAUAUUUUUUGAUUUGAGAUAAUAAAUCUCAUUAAUGUUUUAAAAUAAUUUAAAAAAAAAACUCUUUCACAUGCGUUUUUUUUAUUUGAAAUCUACUUUUUUCUGAUAAUUUGUGUUUUCUUAAAGUAAUGUAUUGUUAAAAACUAAAAUCUGUGUUAAAGAGAUUUGAAUAAAAAAAAAUUAUUAAAACAAACUCUAUAAACGGUACUGUAACAAAUUAUGAACAAUUAUUUACAACUAAUAUAUUAUUAUAUAGUUUAUUUAUAGUUGAAACAAAACAAAAAAAAAUAAAAUAAACCAAUAAAAUGAAACAUAAUAUUUUAUAUAUAACCAUAUAUUGUAUAGUUUAUAUAUAAUCAAUAAUUUAAUUAAAUACAUAUUCUAAAAUUAUAAAAAAAAACAAAUACAUAUAUACAUACCUAUAUACCUAUGCAAGCCUAUAACUACUACUACUAAUACAUACAAUACAUACUAUAUUAUUACCUACAACAUGAGGAGUAAGAAAAUCUUUAAAUGGUAAAAAAAAUAAAAAAUUUCUACAUUGUCAGUCUUCAAAGAAAAAAUGAAAUUGUUGCUGCAUCAAAAUUAAAGCAAGAAAAUAAGUAAAACGCAUUUUAUUAAAACAAAUUGGGAUUUUAAAUCGAAUUUUAAAAUAUUAUUUUUAAGAUGUUGAUUUUUUUUUUCUUGUGUUUAAUUAACCAUCCAUUAGUUUUUAUAUAAAUAUGAAAAUUAUUAAUGAUCAAAUUUAUAAAAUAAUAAAAAAUAUAUAUAUUUAAAAUAACAAAA